AUGGGGGGCCGAAUGUUAAGGAGCAACUCCGGGAAGCCCCCUCAGUUCUCCAGCCGAGCCGUUUCUCCGAGCCCACUGAGUCCGCGCCAGAUGGGCCUUGGCCGCCUCUCCGUGAGGUGGUCUGUGGGCCGGGAGGGUGGCGUGGUUCUGCCCGGUGCCCUCGGGGGAGCCAGCGAGUCUCACACGCCAGGCCAGGGCGCAGUGCCUGUGAGGUUUCCCGGUGCAAGGCUCCGAGACCUGGCCCUGGCCCUGGCUUCCUGGUGCAGCGAGGCAGGGGGGCUCAUGCAGCGUUCCCCCCCAGGUGAGGCGGAUGCCCUGAUGGAGGAAGAGGAGGACGUGGGGGACGAGGGCUCCGUGGAGGAAGACGAGAAGGAGCUGGGCCUGACAGAGCAGGAGAUGGAAGAGCUGAGGGCCCAGGUGCUGCAGCUGCUGGAGGAGCUGGAGGAGACCUGGGAGCUGGCUGUGAAACACGAGGACGACUCGCUGGAGCUGCAGGGCUUGUUGGAGGACGAGCGUCUGGCCAGCGCCCGGCAGGCUGAGAUCUUCACCAAACAGAUCCAGAGGCUGCAAGCUCAGAUGCGCACGCUGAAGGACGAGUUCAGCACCCUGCAGGAGUCGAAGGAGUCGGAGCUGGAGCAGGUGGAGCGGGAGCUGCGGGAGGCCAGGGAGACACCUCAGAUGCGCACGCUGAAGGACGAGUUCAGCACCCUGCAGGAGUCGAAGGAGUCGGAGCUGGAGCAGGAGCAGCUGUGCCGGCUGCAGGCCGAGCUGCAGCGCAUCCAGCAGGUGCGCAACGAGUACGAGACGGAGAUCACCACGCUGCGCGCCGAGAUCAAGAUGAAGGACGGCAGCCGGGCUGAGGGCCACUCUGACGAGGUGGCCAAGCUCCAAG